AUGGACGAUGAUUUCGACAGGUUUCUAGAAGCCUCGAACGAUGACGAGGAGAGCUUUUUGCAGCCAACCUGGAAUGCAGCUUCGGCUUCGGCUGGCCGCUCGCCAGUGAGAGGAGGCAGUCCUUCAUACCGUGGGAAGUAUGCUGGUGCUGGUGGAGGGUAUCGCUCUAGCGAUCCACUUGCCAGCAUUGACCUCAGCUCAUUGCCAAUCCCGGAACGCACUGCUCCCAAAUCGAAAGUAGUGAAGAGCACCGGUGCCGCAUCUCGGGGUCGUGCAGAGCCUUCUGCAUCUCCAACGGUGCGCAGUGGCAUGCGCCAGUCCAGUGACCGUGUAACUACACCAUCAGCUAAGUCCGAACCUGCGAAAACAAAGCCGUCUCCGACAGCCCACUCAGAUUCGGAGAGCUCGGUGUCUCACGGUCACAGUGAUGGCGAUGCGACCGGCACAGGAGCGAUGGCAUCAAUCUUCGCAAAUUUUAAAGCAGAGAUGGAGCAGCAGCUGCGAGAAUCGGCAGAGGAGCAAAAGCGGCAGGAGGAUGAAAGAGAAAGGAAAAAGAAGGAGGAGGAAGAAAAGAGGAGAAAGGAAGCAGAGGAGGAAGAAGAGAGAAGGAAAAGGGAAGUGGAGGAGGAAGAAAAGAGGAGAAAGGAAGUGGAGGAGGAAGACAAGAGGAGAAAGGAAGCAGAGGAAGAAGAGAGGAGGAAAAAGAAAAUGGAGGACGAAGAGAGGAAGAAGAAAGAAGCUGAGGAGGAAGACAGGAGGAACAAGGAAGCAGAGGAAGGAGCCAGACGGAGGCGAGAAAUGGAGGAGGAAGCGAGAAGAAAGAAGGAAUUAGAGCAGGAAGAGACCAGCAAGAAGGAAGCUGAGAAGGCAGAACUUAGAAGGAAGGAAGAGGAAGCAAAGAAGGAACGUGAAGUCGCAGAAGCAGAACAAGCGAGGCUCAAAGUGGAGGACGAGCAGAGAAAAGAGGCCGAAAAUCGCAGACAUGCAGAGGAACUGGAAGCGAAGAGACUUCGGGAGGAGGAGCAAAGGAAGCGUGAGGCAGCCGAAGCCGAAGCGGCGCGAAUCAAAGAACUAAAACAGCGAGAGCUAGAGGAAGCGGAAAGGAGAGAGCAAGAGCAAAGGAGACGAGCAGAAGAACAAGAGGCUGCGGAAGCCAAGCGGAAGCUUGAAGAGCUGAGGAGGAUGGAAUCUGAAGCAUUGGACAGGAAAAUGGACGAACGAAUCGCAAGACAUCAGAUUGAGAUUGGACAGCGCGCAGCAGCUGAUGUGAGGGAUUCAAAGCGAGCUGAAGAAACCGCCAGAGGUCAUGCGAAGGACGAGGCCUCGAAGGAGGCGAUCGGAGACUGGAAGGAAGUUCGGCAUCAUCAAGCGCAGAAUGCGAUCUCUGAUUUCAACAUUAAAAAAAGGGAGAUUGGGGAGAUGAAAAGCUUGCGCACAAAGACGAGGGAGGACCAGCUUUAUGACGAAGAGGCUGCCCACCGACUGGUCUUCUUGUUCUUCUCUUUGCGUGCUUGGUCCGAGAGUUGUGAAGGAGGCCGCGUGCGCAAAGCUGGGGUGCGCGGUGCGAGUCACGCGCAGGUGUGCCGCAAGUUUGCAGAAUGUGCUACAGUUGCGCACGACUGGGCUCGGAUGACCCAAGCGUUUGCUUGCUGGAGUCGCCUCUGCGCAAGCACUGCAACUGCCGUGUUGGACCGCAAAGCACAGGACCAGCUUGCUGCAGCAGCUCAACAAGUUGCUGACACAACUUGCAAGCAGUCCGUGCUAUUGCAGCAAGUGGCUCACUUGGAGCAAGAAGUGGCGAGAAUAAGUCAGGAAAGGGAUGCAUUAUCGGGAGACUUGGAAGCUUUGCUUCACAAGGGGCCGGGAGCUGGCCGACCGAACUCACAAGACAAGACGUCCGAUUUGCACGAUGGCCGCGGUGACCGAACUCAGAAGCUAGAAGCUGAUCUUCAUCUCGCUGAGAAGAUGCUGCGUGCUUGCGAGAAAGAAAACGAAAAUUUAGCAACCCAAAAUCGGCAGCUUCGUCAAGGAGCUCGCUUACGGCGUGAAGAAGUCGAUGGAAGGCAGUUGCAACUUGUUGCCGAGUUGAAUGCAGCCAAGGCUAGUGCUGAUGCCAAUCCAGCCAGCAUGGCCCGACUUGUUGAUCUGGAGCGAGAGCUUGUGGCAGUCAAGGAAAGGGCUGACGAACAUGCAAAGGAGCUGGAAAGGUGCAGAGAGGCAAAGCGACAGCUUGAACGGGAAAUGAUAACAGGACCGCUGCCAAAAGCUGCUCACAGUGAGGAGCUGGAACAUGCCGAAGCAAGACUUGCUCAAAGCCGGAGUGAGGUGUCAGAACUGCAGGCCAAGCUUCUUUUCUAUGCGCAGGGACAGCAAGAGAUGGAGGAAGACCGCAGACAAGUAUUGCGCCUUGGCGAAGAGUUGCGAGCAGCCUUGGGCGAGAAUGCAGAGCUUCGCAAGCGGCCUGCAAAAGAGGCCAGCAAAAAGAUUGCAGAGCUUCGGAAGCAAAACGAUGAGUUGCAUGAGUGCCUCCGAAAGCGGCAUCCCGACAGCCUCCUGGCUCUCAUCAAAGCUUGCGAGCCGCCUCCUGAAGAAAAGCGCAAGCUGAGUGAACUGAAAGGCCGCAUCCUGGAACUUGAGGCUCAACUCGCGGAGCAAGAUGCGCUGUACGAUCGCCGCAUCCGAGCGCUCAGAGCGCAGUACGACCAUAUGCGGCACGAGUAUGAGCGACGUGCAGCCAUAAAUCGUGUACCGGUGCCUGAGACAGAGGAGCCGAAGCGUGCCGCUCCCGACCGCGAGGCUAUCCUGCAAGCCAGAAUCAAAGAUCUGGAACGGCAGGUCGAACACACGAAGUCUUACUACCUGAGCAAACUACGAAAAAGAGAGCCGCUAGUCCCGUCGGGCAAGUCCAACAAGGCCGCUGUGCCGACUCCCAGUGGUGGACAUGGAGCACAUCACAAUCAGGGAGAUGCUCGACACGUCCAGCAACUCCAGCUGCAAUUGCAAGCGCAAGAGGACCGCAUAGCAGAGCUGACAUCGGCUGCACAGAAGGAGCCCUGCUCGAUGGUCUUCCUCCGGUUGCUUUUGGCAUCGCCAGAAGCACUAGCACUGCUCGCGUUUUGUGUGAUCCAGCGCUGGCUGCACAUGGGCUCCGGCAACUCUGAGGAGGUACGGAAGCAGAUCCUGCAAGAUGCAGAGGCCCAGGCAGGUUUGGACCACAGACUUCCUUGGAAUCAGCUGCUGGCGGUGCUAGCCCGUGCUGGAGUACCUCCUGGUUUGCUGGAUUCGAUCUUUUCAAGAUUCUGCUGCGCGGCAGCCGUGGUCCUGCAGCUGUGCCAUGCGGCAGGUUCCGAGACCAGACGUCAUCAGAUGGUGAUAUCAUCUUCUGGUAUGAGCCAUGUGGAUGCCGUACAACAAGGGGUGAUGCGGCGGGAGGUUGAUGCCGAGGCUCGUGACGUUGAUGCAGCUUUGGAUGAUGUGCAUCUUUCAGCAGAUGCAGCCAAGUUUGAUGUCCGUUUCGGCACCAAAGAAGACAGCAAGGCUCGAAAGACCCAGAACGAUUGCACCGGCCUCAAGGAAGCCAGCGAAUGCACUAGCUCCGAAGUGCAGCAGAGUGCUGCGGCCUGUGAGAGCCACAAGGCCUCGAAAGGACCCCAGUUCUAUCGAUGUACGUGGAAGAAGUCUGAGCCGAACCAUGGUGAUGAACCUGCUGUGCCAGCAGAAUGCUACUUGGACGAGAAGGCUGGACCUUGCAGCACAUGGGGAGACACAUCAUCCACGUCGGAGUAG